CCGUUCACACCGGCUGAGACGCCCACCUCGGGAAGGCAGCCCCGAUCUGGGGGAUAGGCGUAAAGUUAGAGAGGACAGAGGGUUUAUCAGCUGGAAGGUGGAGCAGGGUAUCCACUCCUCCAGGAGAGUGGGCAGAAACUGCUUCUGGAGGGCAUUAACCAAUUGAAGCCCCCACUCCUUCUCCACUAGGGAAUAGACUCUUCAGUGGGCGAGAAGCUUGUUUGUCGCGGUGUUGCCCUGCGGUCCUGCAGCAUGCUGGCCAAUCAGUCUGCCGCCUGCCUGUUCUCGGGCGUCUGCGCCACCCUGUUUGCCGUGGCGUUGGUGUAUUAUCUUUAUUGGACGGUAGCUCUGAGCGAGGGUCCGUGUAAGCGGUACUGAGUGUCGGCUGCAGGAUGGGCGUUUGGGGCUUUGUGAAGACGCAGUUUGUGGUCCACCUUCUCAUCGGAUUCGUCUUCGUGGUCAGCGGCCUCAUCAUCAACUUCCUGCAGCUCUGUACGGUCCCGCUAUGGAGUUACAACAAGCAGCUCUACCGGAGGGUCAACUGCCGGCUCGCCUACUCUCUGUGGAGCCAGCUGGUGAUGCUGUUGGAGUGGUGGUCCGGCACGCAGUGCACCCUCUUCACGGACCAGCAGACGGUGGACCACUUUGGGAAGGAGCACGUGGUCAUCAUCCUGAACCACAACUUUGAGAUAGAUUUCCUGUGUGGCUGGACCAUGUGUGAGCGCUUCGGGGUGCUGGGGAGCUCCAAGGUCCUUGCGAAGAAGGAGCUCCAGAUGGUGCCGCUGAUCGGUUGGACGUGGUACUUCCUGGAGAUCGUCUUCUGUAAACGAAAGUGGGAAGAAGACAGGGAUACCGUGAUCCAUGGCAUCAGGAGCCUGUGUGAUUACCCCGAGUAUAUGUGGUUCUUGCUGUACUGCGAGGGGACGCGUUUCACAGAAACAAAGCAUCGGAUCAGCAUGGAGGUGGCUGAUAAGAAGGGACUGGCGCGUCUGAAGCACCAUCUCCUGCCCCGCACCCGCGGCUUCACAACCGCCGUCCAGUGCCUGCGCGGGACGGCCACUGCAGUCUACGACGUGACGUUGAAUUUCCGUGGGAAUAAGAACCCGUCACUGCUGGGGAUUUUAUAUGGAAAGAAAUACGAAGCGGAUAUGUGUGUGCGGCGUUUCCCGCUGGAGGACGUUCCGCUCGAUGAGAAGGAGGCAGCUGACUGGCUUCACCGGCUGUACCAAGAAAAGGAUGCUUUGCAGGAACGAUACCUCCAGGAGGGCACCUUCCCUGGCACCCGAAUUGUACCCCGUCGGCGGCCCUGGACUCUCCUCAACUUCUUAUUUUGGGCCACGCUCCUCCUGUCGCCUCUGUUCUCUUUUGCGAUCGGCAUCUUUGCGAGCGGCUCCCCCUUUUUAAUCCUCUCCUUUAUUGGCUUCAUGUGGACAGCCUCGUUUGCCGUCCGGCGUCUCAUCGGGGUGACUGAGAUUGAACGAGGAUCGAGUUACGGAAAUCGGGAGGUGAAGAAGAGUGAUUAGGAGCCGGCGUGGAGCCGGAGGAGAGCGUCUGGACUGUAUCUUGGUUUAUACUUCUUACUAACAUGGACUAUGUGGGAGGAGCUUCCCUCAGAGCCCUCCCCCACGGAGCAGCACCAAGAGCCAAUAGGAUCCUGCCAUUUCACAGGCACUAGAACACCAGAGUUCUGUCCAUUUUUUUUUUUUUAUUAUUUCGUGCCCUCUUCCUCGCUUGUCUCGCCUCCCACUGCCCCGGUCCAGUAUAUUUCACCCCAGCGUAGCCGUGUUCUCCCUCCUCGCCCCGCGUUUCGCCUGCACUGUGUUUAGGUCGGGGCUUUUGGGCACUUCUGCCUCUCCUCUCUAGAAGCUCGUCUGAGCUGG